AACGAUGUUUGAAUUGUCCCGCUCCAUCAUGACUACCAUGCAAAAUUAAAAUGAUUAGUUUUUUGCUGAUGUAAAUAAUAUUAUUAUUUGAUUGUUGAAAUAAGUGAUUCUAUCAGAAUUGUUCUCAUUAUUUGGUUUUUAAGAACAAAUUCAUCUAUAAUCUCCAUUUGAAUAUGUAUUUUUUUAUAUUAUUAGUCGAUCAAGCCUAAGUUGGAGGCCCUGAGUCCUUAUAGACGACGAAGAAGGUUAGAACAAAAGUCUAUCAAAAGGACAUCUCAGAUAAUUCAAAAUGAGGCUGACACCUGCUCUGUUGGAUGAAGCGUUUGGAUCCAUCUCCAAGAGAGUGCGAGGAAUCGUCAUCUACAAGCUGAGUCCAUAUGAACAGCGAGCUUUUGCUGGCUACAUCAAGCACGGCGUCCCAAACACAGUCCGCCGGGUAGCUGAGAGUCUACCCUACCUUCUACCUAUGGUUUUUGGAACCUAUUUCAUCUACUCAGAAGCUGAAAAAGAACACAAGCGACUCAUGAGAAAGAACCCAGCUGACUAUGAGAAUGAUGUUUAAAAAUCGAAUUGUGUUGUAUUUGUAGUUUCAUUGUCAGUAUCACUAUUGAUGUCAAAAAUCUUAAAUUAUAAAUGUAAAUUGGAUAUUAAAUUCUAUUGUUAUCGCCUCUAAAA